AUGGGCACCCUCACGCGCUCGCACCCGGACGAAACGGCGAAAUGGCCAUCGCGCGACGCGGGUCGCACGAUCAAGGUGCACAUCUACCGGCCGUCCCCGGACACUCAGCCCACGACACCCAGCCCCAGCCCCAGCCCCGUGCUGAUCAACAUGUGCGGCAGCGGAUUCAUCCUGGCCGGUCACGGCACGGACGACGAGUACUGCCGGUUCAUCGCCACGCACACGGGGUACACGGUGGUGGACGUGCAGUACCGGCUGGCGCCGGAGCACCCGUUCCCGGCGGCGUUCCACGACGUGGAGGACGUGAUCCAGCACGUCCAGCAGGACCCGGCGACCUUCGACGUGGGCCGCGUGGCGCUCUCCGGCUUCAGCGCGGGGGCCAACCUGGCGCUGGCCGUGUCGGCGGUGCGCGACUUCCCGCCGGAGGCCGCCAUCCACGCCACGAUCGCCUUCUACCCCUCGUGCGACCUGGCCGAGGACUUCGCCGACAAGGCCGCCCCGGACGACGGCACCCGCCUCAAGAUGCCCGCCGGCCUGUCGCGGUUCUUUCAUCGCUGCUACUUUCCGGACGGGGACGGCGACGCCGACGACCCCCGCAUCUCGCCUGCGUUCGCGGCCCCCGAGCGCUUCCCCCGCAACCUGGCCGCCAUCACCGCCGCGCAGGAUCCCUACGCGCCGGAGAUGGAGCGCAUCGCCGCGGCGGUCGAGGCGCUGCCCGGCCGGAAUGUCGUGCUCAAGCGCAUGGAGCACUGUCCGCAUGGGUGGGACAAGCGGGCCAAGGAGGGCACGACGGGGGCGGCGGCCAAGCAGGAGGCGUACGAGCUGGUGGCGCAGUUUUUGAACUCGUUAUGA